GCUUAGGCUGUCGAAGGGUCACAUUUCACGCGAAUCUCGACGCCUGAUCUCCCCGAAUCGAUUGGCCGCAGCUCUUCACUCCGGGACUGGGCGGUUUCGGGCGCGGAGGCCGCCCUCCUCCAGCGCAGACAUGGCCGGCCUCAGCGCGGAGGGGGUGGGGGUGGCUGUCAUCGGGGCGAGAUCUAGGCCUGUCAUUAAUCACCCGCAAGAACGCCGCUUUGGCUGAGUCAAGACCUGUUUUCCUAGCAGGGUCAACAACAAAGAAAAUGCUCUUCCCGAGUCCGAACAAAUUCUGUACAACAUAAAACAAGAGUAUAAACGCAUGCAGAAGAGAAGACAUUUAGAAACUAGUUUUCAACAGACGGAUCCAUGUUGUACUUCUGAUGCACAGCCAAAUGCAUUUCUCCUCAGUGGACCAGCUUCGCCAGGGACUUCAUCUGCAACAUCCUCACCUUUAAAAAAAGAACAGCCCUUAUUCACUCUACGGCAGGUUGGGAUGAUCUGUGAACGUUUGUUGAAAGAACGUGAAGAGAAAGUUCGAGAAGAGUAUGAAGAAAUACUGAACACAAAACUUGCAGAACAAUAUGAUGCAUUUGUGAAGUUUACACAUGAUCAAAUAAUGCGACGAUAUGGAGAACAGCCUGCUAGUUAUGUUUCAUGAAUCACAUUUUCUGCAUUUGUGAGCUGCCUUGUUCCUUGUUGAAUUGUUGCAAGAGGUCCCAAUUAUGACAUGCAGCAAUGCGAAUACCCCCCUGUGAAUACAGGUUAUUUCAAGCUUUCGUCAGUGACAAUUACUCUUAGGCAGCAACUGGUUUUGGAAAUUUCCCUGAUGUCAGUACCACCUGGAUAUGGACCUUUGCUACCUGUAUUAAUACCAGUGGUCUCACUUGCUGUAUCAUUACAAUUUGGCUUCUUAUAUUAAUAUGUUUGAAAGGAUUAGCGCUGGUAUUCUAAGAACAUGCCCUUCACUGGUUAUGUAAAUAAAACUGUAGAAUGACACUUCAGAUGAAGUUAGUGUGAUUUUAAUUGUGCACUACAAGCUGUAACCAGUUAUUAAUAAUUUAGAAUGUAAUCCCAGGACAUUAUUAAGCAAAUAGCCUACAGUGCUUCCUGUGAAAUAGUGAAGGAGAAGGGCAUUUCUUCUCGGGGUUUCAAAAUGGAUUUAUAUGAUUUUCUCUCUCCUUUUUUUUUUUUUUUGGUAGUUUUUAUUUAUUCUAUCAGUCUUUUUAACAAAUGUUUAUUGCUGCAUUUCCCCCGCCCCCCAGUGUAUCAUUGUUUUACUGCCCUUGUAGUACUGGAAUUUAGUUGGAAGAAUAAAACCUUUACUUCUAA